AUGAUCGAAAAACAACAGCUCAGCGGUGGUGGUGGUGCCAUGGUGGUGUACUACAAUUCGGUGGUCGUGGUGCAGUGGUUUUACAAUCCAGUGGUGGUGGUGGUGUACUACAUUUCAGGUAGCAGUGGCAGUGGCGGUGGUGGUGCUGCGACUGGUGGCGGUGGUGUACAAUUCAGUGGAAGAAGGAAGUCAGAAAAUGACAAAAUAAGCGGUUCUCAAGUCAACCUGGAUUCUGUGAAGGAAUUAAAGGUAAACAGAGGAGGGGGGGGGGGGGGGGGAGAAAGAGGAAAUGGGGCUUGGGACUAA